AUGCUGGUGGGAAAAAUUCGCACUUUUAUAGAUGAGGACCGUCGAGUGUCAAUAGAGACAAUAUAUAAACAGUUUGAAGUCAGUGUAAGAACUGUGCACAAAGGUAUUCAUGAUGAACUGGACAUGCGAAAGAUUUGCGCGAAGUCUGUCCCAAAGAUGCUCAGUGACGAACAGAAGGAAAGACGUGUUAGCGACAGCAGGGAGAUGGUCGAGCUUAUCAAUUCAGAUCCAAGAUUACUCAUGGCUCUGGUGACCUGUGAUGAAAGCUGGAUCUACUGCUAUGACCCGGAAACCAAGAGACAGAGUUUCUAG